AUGACGAGCGAGAGCUGGAUCGACUUGCACAACAUGUUCCCCAGAACUUUCGGGAACCGACUCGGAACUGCUCCGCCCAAUGAGAAGGACUCAAACGUAGGACGGGUUCUCGACAUUGGUACAGGCACUGGUAUCUGGGCGAUUGAUUUUGGCGACGAGCACCCUGACGCCGAGGUUCAUAUGACGUCGGCUCCGGAGAGGGCAAAAUGCCGUGUUCUAACGAUUUCUACAGGUUCUCGGCGUCGACCUUUCUGCCACGUGGCCUAG